CCCGCGCCGGCCUUCCCACGGUGCCCGCCUCCCCGCGCGCCCGGCGCCGCCAGCCCGCCCUCCUCGCGGCCCAGUCAAGCCCAGGCCUCUGGCGAACAUGGCGCUUGUCCCUUGCCAGGUGCUGCGGGUGGCCAUUCUGCUGUCCUACUGCUCUAUCCUGUGCAACUACAAGGCCAUUGAAAUGCCCUCGCAUCAGACCUACGGCGGGAGCUGGAAAUUCCUGACGUUCAUUGAUCUGGUCAUCCAGGCUGUCUUCUUCGGCAUCUGUGUGCUGACGGAUCUGUCCAGUCUUCUGACCAGGGGCAGUGGGAGCCAGGAGCAAGAAAGGCAGCUCAAGAAACUCAUCUCUCUCCGUGACUGGAUGCUGGCGGUCGUGGCCUUUCCUGUGGGGGUUUUCGUCGUGGCAGUGUUCUGGAUCAUUUAUGCCUAUGACAGAGAGAUGAUUUACCCAAAGCUGCUCGACAAUUUCAUCCCAGGGUGGCUGAAUCACGGAAUGCACACUACGGUUUUGCCCUUUAUAUUAAUCGAGAUGAGGACAUCGCACCAUCAGUAUCCCAGCAGGCGCAGUGGACUUGCAGCCAUAUGUACCUUCUCUGUUGGCUAUAUAUUAUGGGUGUGCUGGGUGCACCAUGUCACCGGCAUGUGGGUGUACCCUUUCCUGGAACACAUUGGCCAGGGAGCUAGAAUCAUCUUCUUUGGAUUUACAACCAUCUUAAUGAACUUUCUGUACCUGCUGGGAGAAGUUCUGAACAACUACAUUUGGGAUACGCAGAGAAGUAUGGAAGGAGAGAAAGAGAAGCCCAAGUUGGAAUGAGAGCCAAAUCUAAAUGGAAGACCUGAAUAAGCUGCCGUGGAAGACUCCUUCCUCCCUCACCCUGGGCCUGGGAAUGCUCGAUACAGAGCUUUGGGGUUGAGGAGGGGAUACCUUUUAUAUAUAAAUAUGUAUAAAAAUAGAAUACAGUUGUUUCCAGAAUAACUUAGAUUCACUGUGUUUUAAGGAAUUCUUUCCAAAUUUAUUAUUGAAAUGACAUUUUUUUUCUCCAGUUUUCAAACUAUAAUUGUGUUUUCAUUUUGGAAUUAUAAUUCCAUACAGUCAAGAAAGAAUAAAUUUUGAUUGUGUUUCUUAUUGAGAAAUACAUUAAAAGCAGAGGGGGCAGCUGUAGCGCUAGAUGUGUGUAUGUAUAUGGAGUCCUAAAGGUGGCUGGAAUAAUGAGGUCGGCCCAGGGGGUUCAGAGAAAGAAUGCAUACUUCAUACUGCAAUAAUGUCACAAUUGCCUCAAAUGAAUAUUGUUAGUGGUAACGAUGUUUGGAUCUGUUGACUUAAUCUUGUGAAAUUCUUCCUAGAUGUAAACUUGAAUAAAGACCCAACAGCCCCA